AAGGUAGCUUCUCGGCCAUUACUGCAGGAAAAGGUCCCGCAGAGCUGAGCAGUCAGGAUGUGUGACUUCACCGAAGACCAGACCGCAGAGUUCAAGGAGGCCUUCCAGCUGUUUGACCGAACAGGUGAUGGCAAGAUCCUGUACAGCCAGUGUGGGGACGUGAUGAGGGCCCUGGGCCAGAACCCUACCAACGCCGAGGUGCUCAAGGUCCUGGGGAAACCCAAGAGUGAUGAGAUGAACGUGAAGGUGCUGGACUUUGAGCACUUUCUGCCCAUGCUGCAGACAGUGGCCAAGAACAAGGACCAGGGCACCUAUGAGGAUUAUGUCGAAGGACUUCGGGUGUUUGACAAGGAAGGAAAUGGCACUGUCAUGGGUGCUGAAAUCCGGCAUGUUCUUGUCACACUGGGUGAGAAGAUGACAGAGGAAGAAGUAGAGAUGCUGGUGGCAGGGCACGAGGACAGCAAUGGUUGUAUCAACUAUGAAGCGUUUGUGAGGCAUAUCCUGUCGGGGUGACGGGCCCAUGGGGCGGAGCUCGUCCGCAUGGUGCUGAAUGGCUGAGGACCCUCCCAGUCUCCCGACUCCGUGCCUUUCCCUGUGUGAAUUUUGUAUCUAGCCUGAAGUUUCCCUAGGCUCUCGUCUCAGCACCUUUCCCAUCUUGUCUCUUGGAUGAUGUUUGCCGUCAGCAUUCACCAAAUAAACUUGCUCUCUGGGCCCUCAAAA